UGAUAAGAGUAGGGUAUAUUUUACACGAAGAUCAAUUAUUUGGAUUUUGGAUUUGUUUAAUAUUCACUGAACUCCAUACGCCUAUGUAUUAUAGUAAUAAUAUUAUAUUGAGUUCAGUAAAAAUUGUUUCACUUCAUACAUUCCUUGUACAUUAAAAAAUAGCUUAUUAUUGGUUUAAUAUACUCUUUAUAAUUGGGAAAUGUAUAUUGUAUCUUGUUGAACGUCUGAAUAAGAAACGUUUUUGUUUACAUGCAUUGAAAUAAUCCUACCUUUAUUGAGAAAUGGACACAUCUUUUUUGCCCGAACAACUUGAAUUGCUUGUAAAAAACUGGAUAUGUUGGAACAAGUCGCAACAAUAUGCUAUAGAACUUGAAAGAAUACUGAUGGCAAAAGAUGUUAAUAAAAUCAGAGACAUGUUUGAUGGUCGUUUGUCGUUUGGCACUGCCGGCCUUAGGUCUGCAAUGGCUCCAGGCUUCAAGCGCAUUAAUGAACUGGUCGUUAUACAAAGUGCACAAGGAUUGUUGUACUAUAUGAUUAGUGUAUUUGGUGAAGCGUUAAAGUCCGCGGGAAUAUUUCUUGGAUACGACGGACGUUAUAACAGCAAAAGGUUUGCCGAGUUGUCGGCUAGUGUGUUUCUAAGACAUUCCGUUAAAGUCUAUUUAAUAAGGACAGUAUGUCCAACUCCGUUUGUAGCGUUUGGCGUAAAGGAGUAUAAAUGCUGUGGCGGAGUAAUGGUGACUGCUUCACACAAUCCUAAAGAAGACAAUGGGUACAAGGUCUACUGGAAUAAUGGUACUCAAGUGAUCACUCCACAUGAUAAAAAUAUUCAGAACUAUAUUUUAGAACAUUUGGAGCCAGAAGAAGGCGUAUGGGACGUGGAAAAAAUAUACAGUAAUCCUUUGUUAGUAGAUCCGCUGGACGAUCUACAAAAGAAAUACUAUUCUUGUGUCAAUGAAAUGCUGAUCCCCGGCUUAGAUAAAAAAUCAACAAAUAUUAUUUUUACUUAUACGCCAAUGCACGGUGUCGGGUAUUCUUACAUAAGAAAUGCAUUUGAAAAAGCAAAUUUCAACCCUGUCGUAGCAGUAGAACAGCAAAAGCAUCCCGAUCCAGAUUUUCCAACCGUACCGUUUCCAAAUCCAGAAGAAGGCAAGAGUGCAUUAAAAUUAGCUAUCGAAACGGCUGAAAAUAAUGGUAGUAGAAUUAUACUGGCUAACGAUCCAGACGCUGAUAGAUUAGCAGUAGCAGAACAUCCUAUAGGCAGUGAAGGCUGGAAAGUAUUUACCGGAAACGAACUUGGAGCUCUGUUGGGUUGGUGGAUGAUCGAUUCAUAUAAAAAAAUACACGGCCAAGCACAUCCUAAAUUAGUUAUGCUUUCGAGUACGGUGUCUUCAGCGGUCUUAAAAUCUAUUGCUAAAGUAGAAGGUGUUCUGUUUGAAGAAACGCUAACGGGGUUUAAAUGGAUGGGCAACCGUGCACAUCAGUUAGCCGCAGAAGGUUAUGAAGUUCUAUAUGCAUUUGAAGAAUCAAUUGGUUACAUGUGUGGCACGGCCGUGUUGGAUAAAGAUGGAAUAUCAGCAGCUAUUAAGAUAGCAGAAAUGGCUAUUUAUUUAGAGAAAGAAAAUUCCACACUAUCUUCCGCUUUGGAAACUAUUUAUAACCGUUAUGGUUGGCAUUUAUCUGUAAACUCAUAUUUUAUAUGCAACGACAGUCUUACAAUAAAAAAUAUAUUCGAAUCAUUAAGACAUGAUUACAACUAUCCAAAAAGUAUAAUGAAUGGCCGUUAUUCAAUAAAAUCCGUACGUGACUUAACUGUCGGCUACGACUCGGAGACAGACGAUCACAAACCUCUGUUACCAGUUUCGAAGUCAACUCAAAUGAUUACGUUCAACUUUGAUAAUGGAUUGAAAGCCACAUUGCGCACAAGUGGAACGGAACCCAAAAUAAAGUACUAUGCCGAAUUAUGUACUGAUCCUAAAGAUUGUGUCGACAUAGAUAAACUGAAGACUAUUUUAAAAGAGAUGGUCGAAGCAAUUAUUGAAGAAUUUUUGAAACCACAAAAAAACUCGCUUAUUUAUCGAAGCACAUAGUCAAAACUUUACUACUCUUUACUCUUAAAAUCAUACUAAGAAACUAGAAAGUAAUCUAUACAUCUUUUGUACUUAUAUUGUCUAGUCAUAUUUCUCGUACGCUGCCAUUUAAUAGAAGUUUUUUGUGAUAAAAAAAUUGAGGUAAAUCAUUAGCAACCAGUUGUUAUUUAAAAAAAGUGUAAAAGAAAACAUUUUUUUUAUUAAGGUGUUUAUUUCCAACACCGUGGCAAUGUAAAACUAAUUAAUUUUACAAAAGUAUCGUUGAAUUAUUUAUUAUUAUAUACUACACAAAAAAUAAAGUAUAUAAUAAAUCAGAUUAAAGUUUA